AUGGAGGAGCCCGGGGCGGAAAUGCGACAAACCCCGACUUACUCUAUACAGUCUGCCGUCGCGUCGGGUCGUCUCAAGCUGUCAGCAGCCUUGAAGGACCAUGUGGUCUACUGUGGCACCAAAUCAGCCCUAGACUCUGUCUCCCGAGUAAUGGCCCUGGAGCUCAGUCCCCACAAUAUCCGGGUUAACACAGUGAACCCCACUGUAGUGAUGACUGACAUGGGGAGAGUCGGGUGGUCGGAGCCAGCCAAAGCUAAUGAGAUGCUCAGGAAAAUUCCACUUGGCAGAUUUGCAGAGGUAGAUGAAGUGGUCAACACUAUUCUCUUUCUGUUGAGCGACGUUGCUCCAAUGGUGAAUGCUGUCACUCUCCCUGUGGAUGGAGGGUUUCUGGCUUGUUGAUAGACAAACUCCAGUCCUGGCAUCGUUCUGCAGGCAUCCCGUGCAUUUGUAGUGCAGUGCUGUAGACAGUUAGUAGAGAAAGGGGGUAUAAUCAAAUUUAAAUUUCUUGGCAUUUAUUGAA